GGGACACGGCACGAAGAGGAGCUGCACGCCACAGAAGACGGACAAAGGUACCUCAGAGAACAGAAAGGUUGGAAUCAUGAUCCGAGGGUUGCUUUCGGUUCUGUUGGUGGUGGUGGCUGUCAGCGUGUGUCCAGCGAUGGCCAAGCCUGGGAAGAACAUCCCCAGUAGGGGCAAGAGGAUCCCUCAGACUCUGUCCAGAGGCUGGGGUGACCAGCUGAUCUGGGCUCAAACCUAUGAGGAGGCUCUAUACUGGGCCAGGGCACAGAACAAGCCUCUGAUGGUCAUCUUCCAUCUGGAGGAUUGUCCCCACAGUGCAGCUAUGAAGAAGGCAUUUGCUGAAGAAAAGAACAUCCAGAAGAUAGCUGAUGAAGACUUCAUUGUCCUCAAUCUUGUGUAUGAAACAACAGACAAGCAUCUUUCCCCUGAUGGUCAGUACGUUCCCAGAAUCAUCUUUGUCGAUCCAUCUAUGACAGUCAGAGCCGACAUCACAGGACGCUACUCCAACCGCAUGUACGCCUAUGAGCCUUCUGACAUCAAACUCUUGUUGAGCAACAUGGAGAAGGCCAAGCAGCUGCUGAAGACUGAGCUGUAAAAUCCUGACAUCGUCCGAUCAUGUUACUUACUGUGACUUUCAUGUUUUAAAAACAUUCUCAGAGCAUUCUCUAAAGGUAUUCUGGAGUCUUUGAGUCAGCCAAUGUCACACCAACAACGUUUACUCAACUUAACCUGUAAGCACUGGAAACAACUAGCCUAAAAACUUCACAAAACACAAUGGCAUUUCAGAAAUGCUGUUGUUUCUCCUGAUCCUAUCUGUCUUUGUAAUGUAUUAUUGUACUGAGAUGUUUUUUUAAAUUAAAUGUAGUGCAAUUCAU